AUGGCAGGUUUCCGCAAGAAGAGGGGGUGCGUAGACCACGUGUUCACGGUAGGGAGAAUCAUCCAAGGUAGAAAGAGGGCGGGAAAGCCGACGUACUGCUUCUUCCUGGACGUGAAAAAGGCAUACGAACACCGUAUGGAGAAAUGGGUUGUGGAAACAACUGUCAAAAUACGGGAUAAGGGGAAAAUGUGGAGAGUGCUGAAGAAGAUGACAGAGUGUACGAAAAGCGCGGUCAUGCUAGACGGAGAACUGUCAAAAUUCUUCGACAUUGAGCAGGGGGUCCCACAAGGUUGCACGCUGUCCCCAACAUUGUUCCAGGUGUUCAUCAACGAUCUGUUGGAAGUCGUAGAGGCAGUCCGGAAGGGAGUAAAAGUAGGGGACACGGAAACGUCGGUUUCAGGAAUGCUGUUUGCGGAUGAUUUUGUCGGUAUGUCGGACACCCCUGAGGGACUGCAACUGCAAAUUGACGCGGCGAAGAAGUUUACUAAUAAGUGGACAUUUUCUGCCAACGUUCAGAAGAGUGCCGUCAUGGUUUGCCACGAGAACAAGGAACAACCAGUAGAACAUAGAUGGAAGUGGGGGAUCGAGGAGAUUGCAGUAGUGGACCAGUACACAUACCUCGGAGUAGAGAUCGCAAAAGACUGCUCGUGGAAUGCACACAUGUCCAAGGUAGCGGAAAAGGGCAAAUCACGAGCAGGGAAGCUGCAUCCAAUACUCGCAAACCGGCACCUCGAUACACGCAUCAAAUUGACGGUUUUGAAGAGCGUAAUCGUACCGCCGCUAGAGUACGCCGGAGAAGUAUGGGAAGGAAAUAAGAAGGUAGUGAAAGAACUCGAGGCGGCGCAGAUGAAAGCAGCGAAAACCAUCCUAGGAUGCUCCAGGCGCACAAGUAAUGCAGCCGUGAGGGCAGAAUUGGGGAUCCAAUCCCUACGGUCGGGAAGAGACGCGAGGAAGCUGACAUGGCAGUAUCGCAUGUGCGGGAUGGGAGAGGAGAGGUUGCCGAGAAUUGUAUGGGAGGCGAAGUGGGCAAACAAAAAGAGGGGUAGACAACCCACGGAAUGGGUCAAGGUUGUAGAGGACGUAUGGAAGGGGCUCGACAUCGACGAAGAUAAAACGCUGGAAACGGAGGGUCUACAGGGGUUCGAGGGGAAGAUAUCUGUUGCUUGUGUCGAGAGAGAA